GGUUUUUACUGUUCAAGUUGACGACAUUCCAAUUCGAAUUACCAAUUUCACUUGAUAUUCAACCACAUUUGCAUUGCAAACGAAAUAUAAAAUAGUCAAAUAAGUUGUUCUUAUUGAUCGAAUUCUACUCUCAAAAUUGAUUAACCCCAAUUGAAUAAAAUGAACAAAUUUAUUGGCAUUUUAUAAAUUGAUUUCGAAGUGAAUUAUGAAUCCAGUCCUACCAGCACAUCUUAGAAUUGGCGAGGGACAAGUCAGUGUUGUGCAACCAGACGAUCCAUUUAGCUAUGAGUUAUGUGUUGAAACGGCCGUGUUUAAUAAAACUCUAAAUCAAGAGAUCGUUGAUUUUAUGAAAAAUUGGUCAACGGCACAGAUUAUCGAAAGUUACACUCAAACACGUCCGCAUGUUAAUCAACAAGUGCUGAAGGGCUUGCUGACUGAAAACCCCACAUUUGUUCUUUAUUCCGGUGUGGAUCUUAUUUACAGCAAAGGACGCAAUGGUAAAAAGAAAUUUUUGCUGAUUGAAACGAACGUUUAUACCGCUGGUCAGGAUGCAAUGCCACCGAGUGCUCAGGUGUACGAAACUCAUUCAAAUUUGUGUGUACUGAAUGACGAAUGGAAACGGCAGCCAGUUGAGGCAGGUGGCCUGGCACAUAUGUACGGUAGAAAAACGAGACGAGACUACGCGUAUCCGCACAUCAUGGCGAAAUUGACGAAAGAAUCGAUCCACGUUGUUCCCAUGUUUAGUAAGCGAGAAGAUGGGGAAAUCGAGACACUUUAUCGUUUCGUGGACGGAACAAUGCAGGUUAAAUAUAAAGAUGAAUGGCAAAACAUUCGGGCUUGUUUCUGCACGAUGAGUUAUCGUACGUGGUCUUUCUUCCCAGUGACCAACAACUUAAAAACGUACAUGUGCCCCCAUCCCAUUGCUGGUCUUGUUGGAAAAAAUAAAAUUUUGUCUGAGUACGCGUACCGAGAUUUUAAUGAAAAAUACUCCAAGCACGGUAUUCAAAUCAGGGGUCCAAAGACGAUGGUUGGUAUAGCAAAGGCAGACAUUAGGGAAAUCGUUGAGCAGAAUUUCAAUGGAAGGGCUGUAAUUAAAACGCCAUAUGAUUCACAAGGGAGAGGCGUUUAUAUUAUACGCACUGAUGGGGAUUUGGAUGACUUCUAUGCAAAGGAUGAGUCAGACUACAGUUUGUGGGUUGUACAGGAACUUAUUGGACUUGAGGCGUGUCCAAACGAUAGGUAUCAACAGAUUGGGUUCCAUUUGGACGGCCAGAUGUACGCAUACUCAGUACGAAUAAUCGCAUGCAACAGUCCUUCUGGAUUUAAAAUGAUCACAAUUUGCUCUGCUCGGGCCCCAGCCCCAUUCGCCAAAGAUGGCGAAACUGCAGAUAUUGCACCUGGUUUGCUACAUAAGAUAAAAACCGUACAUGAAGACGAUGUCUACGUAACCAACAUCGCUUCGAAUCCUGACGGCGAACUGCGUUCCUUUUAUUUUGAUGAUGCUGGUGUGAAGGGAAUGGGGAUCGGAAUGGACGACGUGAUCGAUGGAUUCAUGCAGACAGUUUACUGCACUCAUGCGAUUGACAACAUGUGCAAGAAGCUAAUCAUGGAAAAUGGAGAACUGGAUGUACAGUUGCUGAGAGAGCUAAAUCCCGAUCCCCAAUUGUUGGCUGAGGUGGUCACCAACUGGAAAUGAAUGUGAAAUUCAUAGAUUUGUCACGCUACACUGUAUCCAGAGAUGUAACCAGACGCCUUCUUUAAGAUAUUUUAGGGGCUUGUCCGAACGACGGUUAUAACUGCAGGCUUAA